AUGAGUGACCGGCCGCUCAUGUACAUGCCUUCUCCAGGAAUGCAAGCAUUCUUGAGUCUCAUUGGAAUUCCCAUGUCAUUUCUCUCUAUCAUUGGGUCCUACCAUAUUAUUCGACAUACAAGAACCGGAAACGGCCAUUCAGCGUACCGACAGAUCAUGAUGGUGUCGAGCGUUUGUGAUAUCAUUUGGUCAGCGGCAUUUGUUUUUCAACCUUUUCUUUCAGACAAUAGUCUUGAAUUCCAGCACGAGGAUGAGCUGUGGAUCUGGUCUUUUGGAAACAGCGCUUCCUGUACGUUUCUUGGAGCGAUGACUCAGUUUGGACUUUCAGCGCACUGGUAUGCUGGUCUUCUUUCAUUAUAUUUUGUUUCGACAGUUAAAUUCGGCGUCAAACAAGCAACCUUUGCGAAAAUUCUGCCUUUUCUUCAAGGCUUCAUAAUCUUCUGGUCCGUCGGGACUGCUCUUACAGCUGCUGCAAUGAAACGGAUUCACCCAUUGGGUCCCAGUCCAGGUUGCUGGGUCGCUGGUGACGGCUUUUGUGUGGGAGACGACUGUGAUGUCACAGUCCUCCUUGGAUGGAUGAUUGGAGGCAUACCUACUAUCCUGAUGCUGGUGUGUGUCAUUGUGAACAAUCUUAUUUUAUAUUGGCAUGUGCGAAGUAUUGUAAAGGAAGGGCAACGGCGUUCUAUGCAAUCACAAAUGGAGUUAUCAACAUAUUCAUCGAGGACUAGAAACGCGAAAAGAGAAAAUCCUCCAGGAAGAUCAAACAGUUUUGAGAGCAAUGAUAUGUCCGUGUCAUCGUCGUCAGUCAGUCACACUGGCGAAGUGCAGUCUUUCUCACGAUAUUCAUCGAGGAAUAGCAACGGAAAAGGGGCAAAACCAGGAAGAUCAAGUCUAGACAGUACUGAUAUGGCCGUUCAAUUUGCAGUCAGUCAAACUGGCGAAGUUCACUCUUUCCAUGGUAACAGUCAGAAAUCCUUCAUUUCCCGUUUGAGCGACGGAUCCGUAUUUACUAAUAGUGGAUCCUCGGUCCUUCAUCAAAAGAACAGUGUUUUGAGAUCAUCCAAGAAACAAUGGAAAAGGGUCCAAGAAGUUGGCAAACAGUCAUUCCUCUACGUUGGAGCAUAUUUGCUGUCGUUUGGAUGGACAUUUAUCAUCAAUUUCUUGGACAGUCAAAACUAUGAGUUCAAGGAGAAUGCUGCGAACCUCUUCCUUCCAUUGCUUGUCUGCCAGUCGCUGCUACUACCGAGUAUGGGAUUCUUCAACUUUUGCGUGUACUUUCGGCCAAAAAUCCGUACGGUCUCCAAGAAGUACCCAAAUGAAUCGAGAGUAUGGUGUAUACGACGUGUGAUCUAUGGCAAUGCUAUCAAACCUUCGCCAGCUGCUGAUAAUGUGCGCCCAUCCGCACUGACACCAGGAUCGGCAAUUCCAGAGAAGCCACCAGCAUCUCUCAGACUGGAUCUUGGAGGACCAGACGCCAUGUCCUCUCUGGCCCGAUGCGACUCCGACGGCGCGGGUAGCGUCGAAAUGAUAUCGAAUGACGACGUCGAAAUGAAACCAAAUUCUCUGGAUUGCAGUGUUAUUAUGGAGGGCUCAGUGGAAGAAAGCAUUCGGCGUAGCUUACGAGAAAGUGGAAGAGCAUCGACACGAAGUGGACGAAGCGGGCGGACUGAACGCAGCAAGAACACUAAAUCAAUAAUGUGA